CACUUAAGGCAUGUAUACUAAUUUGUAGAUUAGUGAAAGUCAUGGACAAGGAAAGGGCAUUUUCGACGCGCCUCCAAGUGAUCAUCACGCGCGCGCUUCCCCUUAAUCCUAGUCAUCAGGCUCAGCCCGUCCACGCUUUGGCUCGAAAUGCACCAUCAUGGGUUCCAUCCACCCAACCUGAGGUCAUCUUGCCUAAACAUUGACUCGGAUCAUAAAUGGGGUGGCGAAAACUUGCGAUGCAGUCCUUGUCUUCAUCUUACUGUCUCCCGCCUCGAGACGACUUGCCAUAAGCUUUAAUUGCCUUUAAGUUUGGUUUUCCUAAUCUUGCUAUUUUGUAAUCUUAUAGAUGACAGUUGCGAAACCUUGGACUCCCUCUGCUUGGGCGGCCAUUCACAAUGCGCCUCUUCCAGCUGAAGGUGCAGGUAAUCAAACCUUUGAUAACAGAAUCUUCUUUGGUCUCCUUGGAGGCGUACCUUUGAUCGUUACCGUCCUACUCCGCUGGUCUUUGUGGCUGUACCCGGUAGUGGCUAUUGUGCUCGCUUUGCCUAUUCUUGCCGGCAGUCUGUACUUGGCCUCUAGCUACUCUCCUCGCUACAAGAACCGUGUUGCUCUCCCUGAACGACCCCUCGAAGACUAUAUCACUAUCAAGGAUCCUGAACUCAAGUCCUUGUACAACGGACGUAACCUGAUCCCUAUGGAAACCUUCUUCGAGGCUUACUUUGAUGGAAAGAUUGACUUUAAGGGUGAUGCUUUGGACAUUAUGGAGGCUCGUCAUGAUUGGGCUGCCUUCCGUUUCACAAUGGGACAAUUCAAGUUCUUUUUGACCCAAUGGAUCCCUGAAACUCUCUGGCACUCUCGCAAGCAAGAUGAAGAUCAAGUUCGUGAGCAUUACGAUCGUGGUGAUGACUUUUAUGAGGCUUUCUUGGGCCCUCGUAUGGUGUACACCUCUGGUAUUAUCUCUGACCCCACUAAGCGUGAAACUCUGGAAGAAUUGCAAGAUAACAAGCUCAACUUGAUCUGUGAAAAGAUCCAUCUCAAGCCGGGUGAUAAUAACAAUCGUAUCAAGGAAUGGGGUGUUGACCCCAAGCAGGCUCGUAUCAAGUGCAUGGAUUACCGUGAUAUUCCUUCCAACGUCAAGUAUAACAAGAUUACCUGUGUUGAAAUGGCCGAACACGUUGGUCUCCUUCAUUUCCAAAAGUUCCUUUUGGAAAUCAGAGAAAUGCUUGAUGACGAUGGUUUGUUCUAUAUGCAAGUUGCUGGUCUCCGUGCCACUUGGCAAUAUGAGGAUUUCAUUUGGGGCUUGUUCAUGGCCAGAUAUAUCUUCCCUGGUGCUGAUGCUUCUACACCUUUGUACUGGUACAUUAACCAGCUCGAAUGCGCUGGUUUCGAAAUCCACAACAUCGAUACCGUUGGUGUUCACUACUCUGCUACCCUCGAGAGAUGGUACUACAACUGGAUGGAAAACAAGGAAAAGAUUACCAGCAAGUAUGGUAACAAGUGGUUCCGUGUCUGGGAGAUCUUCCUUUCAUGGUCUACCAUUAUUUCACGCCAAGGUAGUGCCACUUGUUUCCAGAUUGUUGCUAACAAGAACAUGAACUCCGUGGAUCGUGCCGCUCUUAUUUGCAACCGCACUAACCCCAAGGCCUGGACUGCCAAGCGCGGUUAAGAAAAAGAAACCGCCCUUGUGUGGUAUGGAUCAAACCAUGUAGACCUUUCUAUCGAAGAAAGAGAAAGAAAAUGUUAUAUCAUAACUCAUUCACAACUCAAGCUGGCAAGUUGUUGUUAACGUGCCUAGAUGGUUUUGCGUUGUCACUCAAUCAUGAAAUAAAUAAAAAAUAUCAUAACCAAAAUGAACAUAUGGUGCUUCAAACCAAACC